GCAGUUGUGAAGCUUCUCGACUAGGUUAGCUGUCAAAAAUUUGGAAAAUGUUAUAAAAAAUAUAAAUAGCAAGUAAAAAAUUAAUACUGUAACUUUUGAAUAGAAAGGAUAAAUAAUUAGUGUAUAUAUUCAAUCAUUUAUUACAAUGACAUCGAAAGCUAAUAUAACAUUGGAUCAUUUUUAUAUCUUUAACGGAACUUAUGCCAAAAAAGAAGGAGAGGAAGAAAAAAAAAUUCUAUAUUAUCAUCCUGAGAAAACUGACGCUGAUACCAAAAUCAGAAAUGUGGGACUCAGUGAGGCAAUUAUUAAAUUUACAGAGUCUUUAAACCCCGAUCAUCCGUGUGAUUAUUGUCAUACUCAAAAAACAAGACAAAUAUAUUAUCAACCUGAACCAGAUUUUUGGAUGGUGAUGAUUGUUGGUGUACCUUAUUUAGUAAAAAUUAAAGAUGGAAAUGAAUACACAGAAUAUCAACAUGAUGAAGUAUCAAGUUCAGUUUGCCAAGCAAUUUUAAAGCAAGCUUAUAUGAGAUUUAGGUUGUUUAUGGGAUCUUUCGAAACAAUUCUCAACGAUCCGAAUUAUGGAUCUGUAACAUUACUCAAACAUAAAUUAGAUUAUUUUUAUUCUGGGUAUUUGCCAUCGCUGAAAUUAAAUCAUCGUGAUAUAUUAGAUAUUUUUCAAGGAUUACAAUUUUUACCAUUAGAUAAAAUUACAUUUCUGAAAGUACAGUGCUUUAUGAAUUUAGUGGAAGCAACAUUCCCUCAAGUUAAAUAUACUGCAUUCCUUUAUAAUGAUCAAUUAGUGUGGAGUGGUUUGGAACCUGAAGAUAUGCAAGUAGUCUAUAAUUAUUUAGUAAGUACCCUUUUACCAGAGUAUUUAGAAAAAGAAUUUCAUGGAGGGUCAAUGCCACGAAAUUCUGCAUCACCUUUCACUACGUCUCAUUACGGAAAAUUUGUAACUGGAACUUCUAGUAUGAAUGAAUCAAUCGGUAUUACAAAAUCACCUAAAGUUUUUAUAAACUAUGCUACGAAGCCUACCUCAUUGUAUCUAGUAGUUUACAGUGCUUUGAGUGCUACUAUUUGUCUUUUUGUAGAUAGUACAAGCCUCCUUAUAGACUAUUUGAAGACUCUUGACGCAUUUCUUGGUCCUCAAUUAACAACUUUAGUAAAUUCUGUAGCUGAUCAAUGCUCAAAACAUGUUCCAGACUUGUCUGAAUCAACACCGAAAUAUUUAUACUUCAAUAGGCUUAAUUUAGCUUAUAAAAGUACAAUACAUUUGGAUAAUAGACGCUGUUCUAAUGUCUUAACUACUCCAGAGGUGCUAAGAAUAAUUACUGAUAUUAAUAGUGACACUAGUCGGCUCAAAGAAGCUGGAGAAAUUGUGAUUAAGACUAUGAGUGACUAUUGGGUUGUUGGAAAAUUAUCUAACCUUCGAGAAUUUUAUGUUGUGAUACAACAAAAAAAUGCCAAUAUUAUCGAGAUUGAUGAUGAAGUUAAAAGACUAUGUGACAAACAAUUAAAGAGCAUCUUUUUUCAUUAACAUAAAAAAACUUUCUGUAUAAAACUUAAAAUUAUUAGUAAAAAAUCAUGGUUUAUAAAAA